AUGGAGCUGCUGCAGCCUCUCGACGAGGCCCUCAUUCAUAUGAUUCGAGAUGACGUUGAAUACAAUGGUACGCGCUACGCCUCUGCCAUUAAAGGUGCGCAAAGAAAUUUCAGAAAUGACCAUAUCAGCGAUGGCACUGGCCAUCUGCUUGGAUCCUUCGACCGCUGGUGGCUCACGAUGUUGCGACAGCACGUUGAGGAAGGCCAAGAUGCUUCGUCGCGAGACUGGCUACGCUGGGAGGUCACAUUUCAGACACGCGCAUGGCGCCACCUCAUCAUCAAUCCUGACCCCUCACGAUUCGGAAGCAUACUCGUCUUUGAAAAGCAGAAGUUCAAGAGAAGGUUCCACAUUGGCAGCGACUGCCGCGAAAGACAAGCUCUGAUACGGUGGCUCUGGGACUACGGGAACAAACGGCUCAUUGCGAUCGAUCACAACAUGAUUCUCCGACCGCGAAGAAACCCCCUUCAAGAACUCCGCAACCGUGUCCGCCACUCCACGGGCUUCAACGCUCACGACCGAAAGCGCAAGAAGAAACAGAGGCCUAGUCCAUUGAGCAUGGGAUGUACAAAGCUUGACGACGUUCAGGAGGAGGCUUCCAGCCAAAUGGCAAACAUCGAAGAAGAGGAGCGGGAGUAUGAUACGACGAGGGAUGAACCAACGAUGGCAUGUGGGAGAGACCAGGAAAAUGUACAGCCAGAGGUCCAGCCGAACAGCGAGCAAGAGCCAUGA